GGCUGGUCUCGUCUAUGACUACAUUCAAUCCUUCAUCGACACUGACUUCGGCGCCGUCUUCGACGCCAUCUCAGUCGACGCCAUCUUCAGCGCCACCAUCGACGGCGCCUUUUUCGACAUCAUCGACACAGACAACUCUCGAACAGAAGGCCAAUACGCUCUCGUCUGUCACAUUAGGACUCACUGUGACGCUUGCCUUGGUUGGAAUAAUCGCCCUUACGCUCCUGAUGGUUCUAUUCAUCUGGAUAUUGUGGACCCGUUUGAGCAAGAAUCGUCCAUCUCCUGGCAUGAAAGCGCUGAAACUCCAACAAAUGCUUUCCUCAAAGAGAAUGGGCUCAAAGACCGACUUUAAGGUUUCCCCUGUCGAGAUAUUUCCACAGGAAGAAUCCGGUUCAUUCGAAAACAAAGAGACGGAAAUGGUCAUCACAAGCGGACCUAAAGAUGGUCCAAGCGAAUACGUAAAGAUCGACGUCGACGAGGUUGGAACUAAGACAAAUGACGUUGAUGAAACCGACAGGUUCCACGAAGCAGAAACAUUGGAAUAUAAAAGAGGUAACAAUCCUCUAACGCAGCUAGACAAUCUUUACAUCAACGGAACAUUGCCGACAGGUUGCAGAAGAUCGAGGGAGUUUCUUGAGUUGAUAGACAAUGACAAUGUGGAGGUCAAUAUGCCUCCCUUGCCACAAGGAACCACAAAUGUUAGAGUGAGCAUGGACAUCAUGGAGAAAUCAUUAGAUGCCAACAUGCACAACAUUCCAUCCGAACUUGUGGAAACUCGCGACCUUGCACCUGGCCAUGAUGGAGAUGGUGAAUACGCUUACGCCAAUAUACCAGAUCAAGGAGAUUCGGCAGAUGAAGGAUCUGGUAAUAACGACAGGGUUGACGUAGCCGAUGACUACUGUUACCCAGAAUUCCCUGGUAUGCCUGCGAGAGAAGAGAUGAAUGAAAACGAGUAUGCAAGCGUAAAUGACAACAAUGAUGGUGAUGAUGAGAGUGAUCACGACUAUAACGAACCCUUAGAAUUGUCAAAAGACAUGGAACAGGGCAUCAGUCGGCAACUCACAACCAACCAUUACAACAACAAACAGAUGCUGGUCCAGAAUAAAGGUCGGAAAGCUCAAAUCAAGUGAAAUAGAAGUAAUUACGAAAUGUGCCUCUCCCAGAUGAGGAGACAUUUAUCUCAUUCAAAUUAUUGUUGGUCACUGAGAAGAAGGCUGCCCUAGUAUGUAAAUGAAA